UGCGUGAAGGUAGCUUACGUCACGCAAAUGGCGGACGUUGUAAACAGAGCCAGCAGCUUUUUGGAGGCCAAAGUGAAACAUCUCUUUUUAAGAUGAAUAACGUAGAGUGUGAGCGGUUAGACAGUCUGGAGGGCUGGGUGGCCGUUAAAAGUAACAUAUUUGAAGAAACUGAGUCAUUUAAGCUGGGCUUCAUCGUACAGUGGAAUGUCAUCGAGUGUAAGUUCGCUGUCACCUGCCACAACCGGACGUUACAACGGCAGAAACGCAAAGCCGAAGUGGCCGUCGGCGACCAUCAGAUAAGCUGGGCUGGACUCUUCUCCGUGAACGAUUUGAAACAUAUCCAUCAGCAGUUUACAUGUGUGGCAGACAUCUUGGGAGCCUGCUUCCCGGAUUUGGCGGAGUUCGAAGACGGCAACAUUUGGGACUUGCUCUUCCUGAAUCGGAGGUCAGGACCCGAAGACGACGAUGAGAGGGAUUUUGAUACACCGUGUAGGAAACUCGAAAAAUAUUUCAGCACAGCCAUUGACAUCUGCGGACGAAAAAUUGUUCUCGACACAUUGUUCUCCCAGGAUGAGCGGGAUGUUGAGGAGUACUUUGAAAAUCUACAGGAGUUCAAAAGGAAGACCAUGCAGGACGAGAUGUCAAGGGCCAAGGGUCACCUGCGACAGCUGCUGCAGAGUCAUGCCAGUGCAGACCGAAUGGUUGCGCUUCUCAGCAUCUACGAGGAAGAGGACAAGGCCUACCAGGACCUGGUGACUGUGGCCACCACCUUCUUCCAGUAUCUGCUCCAGCCUUUCAGGGACAUGAGAGAGCUGGCCUGCCUCUACAAGAUGGAGAUCCUGAAGUCUUUGGAGUUUGAGGACUUGGGUCCUAAGAGAAUUGCAGCUCUGGAGAAGGAGGCGGAGGAGUGGAGAACGAAAGCAGAAGACGCAGUCGCCUCAAUCCAGGACAUCACUGUCAACUACUUUGCACAGACUUCAAAGGCUCUGGCUGGUAUGUUAAAGCAGAUAGAGGAAGAUAAGUGUCGUUUUGGAGCUGCUGCAUGGGCGUCUGCAGCUCCCAGACUGGAAAAACUACGCUUCCUAUUGGCCAAAGAAACCCUGCAGCAUAUGAGAACUAAAGAGAUGUGCCUCAACCGCAAGAAAGACGGCAUCAGAAGAAGGUUGGGCAACCUGUCUGGCAGAGUCAAGAGCCACAGAACUGAUUCUAGGUCUGCGUCUGAGGACGGCCAGCAGCAGGACACAGUGGACCAGCUGGAGCUGCAGUUCUAUGAAACCCAAAUAGAACUGUACGACACCAAGUUUGAAAUCCUGAAGAAUGAGGAGCAGCUGCUGGUGGCUCAGAUAGACACCCUGCGACGGCAGAUUAAAGAACUGAAGGAGGAGGUGGUGUACUAUGAUGUGUGUGAAGAUCCAGAGGAGCUGCAGAGCAUGGUCCACACCUGUAUUCAACAAGCAGACUCUCCGGCUGUCAGUCAGCUCAAAAGACGCCUACAGACCUUGGAAACCAAGAGAGGCAACAUCUGUGCCCGGCGAGCUUAUCUCCGCAACAAAAAGGAUCAGUGCAUGGAGGCCCACGAGCAGAAGCAGCUGCCAGCCAAGCAGAGCUCCAUACUCUUCAACCAACAUCAUCAGGUCCACCUGAAACGAGAGAAGAGGAAAGAGGAGGAGCAGAGGAGACGACAGUGGGUGGACGAGGAGCGAGAGAAGACUCUGAGCAGAUUACGAUCCUUCAGGGAGAAGCGACAGGGCCAGUACAUCCUGAAGACUCCUCAGUCCAGGAUUUCUCCUUCAGAAGUCCCGUGUCCCUCCCAGCCGCUGUCCAUCAUCAGCCUCGGCCCCUCUCCCAACUCUGAAGGACCCUCCUCUGUCCGUCCUGGACCCAGACGAAAUAAAACACCCAAGAAACUGCAGCCUAAAGACAUCCCUGUCCAAAUCUACUCUGCACCACCACCUCCAACAACAACCUGCCCUACUGCACCUCCUCCCCCACCACCACCACCUCUUCCCCCACCCCCUCCCCCUGCCAUAACGCCUCCACCUGUCCAAGCUUCGCCUUCCUCCGAGGACACACCAAUGCCUCUCAGUGAAAAAGAGGACCCUCCUUUUCCAGCCAAGAACAUGCUCAAACAAAAUAUAGGAACAAUGGAUGAAGUGUUGGCCUCGUUGCAGCGUGGACAGAUUCAGCUGCGAAAGGUCCCCGCUCCCAGGACAGCGCCCCCUGCUGGGGACCCGAGGAGCAGUCUGAUGUCUGCCAUCCGACAGGGAGUCAUCCUGAAGAAGAUGGUUGCUGGACGUGCAGAAGUCCCGAACAGUGGAGACAAUGAGCUGGAGCGCAGCAUCAAAGCUGCCAUGAUGAGGAUGAAGAAGGUAGCAGCCGACUCUGACGAGGAAGACAGAGACGACGAGACACAGAGUACAGACUGGGACAGCUGAGAGUGCACACACACACACACACACACACACACACACUGAUGAAGCUGUUAUCUUAAAUUACCCCUGCUCUGUAUUCUCCACGGGUCUGAGCUACAAUCUACUUUGCUGCCAAGUUUUCACCGAAAUGCUUCUUGUUUGACAUGAAUGGGAUUACACCUCUUCUGACUUAAACAUUGCACUUUGUUGAAGCUGUCAAACGGUAAUCAUAUUUGGCUUUUCAAAUACCUUUGAUGUUGUAAUACAUCCAAAACUGCUCGAAUCAGGAUUUAGACUCCUCUAAAGCAGUUGGUUUGCAGAAAUCCCAAAAUGAGCGAAAGUUGUGCUUCAACACUCAUUAAGAAGAAAAGCCAAGCAGUAGUACUGUAGUACAGUGAGUAAAUGAUUUCUCCCAACUCGGCAUCUGAAGGCCUUUUGUGAGACUGUCACACAGCAGGGGAAGCCUGUGCUGCAGGCAGAGACGACUACACUACACAACUCCACUGUCACAAGUACUAAUUUUCCCACAUUACUGAGUUUAAACUCGUCGACUUCUAUUAUUUUGAAUGUAAUUAAAACAUUUUUUUAACUUGACUUUACCCCACCAAGGGCUACAGCAAAGUGAGUUUUGUAGUUUUUGCAUUUUAUUACUUAAGGAAGAGUUAUGUCCUGAGGUGCAGCAGUGUUAAUUAUUUACAUGCCUACAUGUCGAAAGUCUACACAUCAUUGUUUGUGUUCCAGGUUGUUUGAUGCACUGUCCUCUGUUUUUCUUUUUGUGUCAGAAAUGUGUGAAUGUGUUAGGCUUCAUUUAUACAUGAUCUGUUACGUCUUCCUUUAUGAUGCCAUAACAAACAAAGUGACAAAUAAAGAAUGCUAGAUUAUUAUUAAUUUUUUUUUAUAACCAAUACUUCCUUUUAAUUACGGAAUUACACAAUAAUGUACACAGCUCUGUCUCUAAUCAUGGUUUAAUCCCCAGAAAAGCUUGCUGACAGGUGGGUUAUCGUUGAUGUUUGGGGAAAACUUUGUACUUAUGACCUUUUGAACCUGUGAAACAGAGCACUUGACUUACCUGAACCUCUUAAAAAGGCAAGGCUAUAAUGUAUUAUGUACAAAAAAUACAAUACUGUAUGGCAAAGAGCAUUAAAUGGUUGGCAGAAGAAAUUAUUAAUUGCUGCACUUUGUUUUAAAACUUUUCUGCAAAGAUAUGAAAACUUAUUCCAGUGUGUUAAAGAUGAGCUGGUGAUGGGUGAGGCUGAAGCACACGUGUACUGUUUUAAUAAUAAAAGAAGACACGUUAGAUCAUAAACAUGAA